UCAUGGCAGACAAGUCCAUGUUACAACCGUACCAGCCACACGACAGGUCGGAUGUGGUCGAAGGCCGGCUGACCAAUCAGGAGCGUGCGAUGAGCGAGCUGCUGGAGCAGGCGUUGAGGAUCAAGGAGGAGGUGGCGACCAGCCUGCAUUCCACCCAGGGCUGCGUCCAAUCAGAGGCCUCCUCUCGCCGGCUACUGGAGAGCCACAUUCAUGUCAUCACACACAUCGUCAAACAGCUCAGCACAGACAUCCAGGUACUGGAGAGACAGAUCAUCCAGAGAGACAGCAUCAGCUCUGGGACGUCGUUUGCCGUUCAGAGCCUGGAUCACAAGAACCUGGAGGGGAUUGGUGACCUGCGAGGACGAGUGGCCAGGUGCGAUGCCAGCAUCGCCAAGCUGUCCGGUGACGUUAGCUCCGGAGGGCGUGACUUCCUCAGGCUCCAGCGGGAGGUAUCGGAGCUCAGGUCCACCCUGGAGGUCUCACUCGGGGACACGGAGACCAAGCUGUCUCGGGCGCUGGGGGAAUUGAAGGUCUCUCUGAGCGAGAAGGACCUGGGACAGAAGAGCUCCUGGGCUGAGCUGCACGGCCACAUCCACAUCCUGGAGGACAGGAGCUCCAGUGGUCUGAAGCAGGCGAGGGAGGACUCGGACCGGCUGAGGAGGUGGGCAGAGGAGCGUCUCCAAACCUCGGAGCAGACACACACCCAGGCCAGAGAGCGUCUGCAAGCGCUCCUGCAUGAGCAAACGGCUGAGGUGGAGGGGCGUCUAGACAGACAGCUGCGUCUGCUGGCUGGCCGUCUGGACCGGGCUGAGGGCCGGCUGGUGAAGGAGAAGCAGACAGACAGGGUGAGACGCUCGGAGGAUAAACUGCAGAGCAGGGUGGCCAUGGUGGAGGCCGGCCUCCGAGAAGAGCUGCAACUGGCCAAACAGGAGUACCAGUCAGGAUUCAAGUCCAUCCAUGAUGCUAUAGAAUCCCUGAGGCAGAUAGUUGACACGAAAGCCCGCCUGGACAAAGACAAGCUGCAGAAGGACAUCAAACAAAUCCAUAGAAAGGUUGUGCAGUUAAGAGACACGUGA